CACCAGGGUUGCGCAUGCGCCGCUCACUGACCAUGUUUGUUUUGAAGUUGUUUUGCCGCGAAGAUGAUUCUAUUAGGUGGGACUAACAGUUCACCUUCAUAUGAACGUCCAGCACCGGUAUUUAUCACAGAACAGCGGGCACUAUCAACCAAGAAGUCCCGUGGUACUCCCAAGUUUGCUCAGCCUCCAAGAGCGCCAGUGAAGAGUUGUCCAGUGACAAGAAUUUUUACACGGAUACCUGAUGUUGACCGCCCCCAGCCAGUGUCAUUCCGAGAUGACUCAGACACAUCUUUUAUUGUCCAAAGUCCAGUCUACAGUGCAGAAAAGCCAGCACUGUAUUUUGAGCAGUGUUAUGUCAUAGAAGAGAGGCUGGGGGCAGGGUCAUUUGGAGAGGUGUUCCGUGUCCGUAGCAAGGAGGAUGGUCAGCUGUAUGCUUGUAAGAGGACUCUUCUUAGAUUUCGUGGUGAAGGAGACAGACGAAGACGAAUGGAAGAAGUGCAGAAGCAUGAAAAACUACCACAGCAUCGAAAUUGCGUGCAGUUUUAUCGUGCAUGGGAGGAGCGGCAGCAUCUCUAUCUUCUGACAGAAGUGUGCAGGACCUCCCUUGCUAAUGUAGCUGAAGAUCGCCAUGACCUUCCGGAGUCCAUUGUGUGGGAAUAUCUAGUCGAUUUACUGCAGGGUGUACAGCAUUUGCACAAUAAUAAUUUAGUUCACAUGGAUAUAAAGCCAGAGAAUAUUUUCUUUGGCUUUGAUGGUCUGUGUAAGCUGGGAGACUUUGGGCUAGUCAUCGACACUUCUCAGGGCCAAGUGUAUGAGGCAGCAGAAGGUGAUCCAAAAUACUUGGCUCCAGAAGUCAUGAAGCUUCAGUUCGGUCCGCCCGCAGAUAUCUUCAGCUUGGGUAUGACCAUUUUAGAGUUGGCCACAGAUCUGGAUUUGCCCAAACAAGGAGACAGUUGGCAGAAACUCAGACGGGGGACACUUCCUCCAGCUGCUAAUUGCUUAUCCAAGGACCUACAGUCAGUGUUGGUUGGCUUGCUCUCUCCCAACCCAUGGGAAAGACUCACAGCAGACCAAGCUCUCGCUCUGCCCACCAUUAAGAGAGUGCUCUACCACAAAACCUUCAAGGACUAUUGUCGAAAAUCUGUUAUGAAAGCCAAGAACACAAUACUGCAGACUUGGUUGUACCUUGUGGUGUUUCUCAACUUCCUGGCACAGCCUUUGAAAAGGCUACGUAAAGGUAGUGCUUCUGGAGAGCCUCAUAACUUCUCAGGAUUGAACAACUCGGAUUCUGACUUCACUGUUGGCUUCUCUGAUGAUGAAGGCAUGGAUGACCACAGUCUAGCACAGCCCCUUAGUGACAUCUCAACUUCCAGUAGUGAAGCCAACCAGUGUUCACAUAAACCUUUUGGUAAUUCUACACCAAUUGGGCACCAAUUAAAAAAGCAAACAGACUUCAUCACUGCCUCACCCUUAAUCAGAAAUAGCUUUAAUGCAAGUGACAAUGUAGAUGGCAGCCCAUGUUUCAUUCGGCGAAGAGGUGUGCUGUCCCGAUCAGGGCCAACACUUGGCCAGCAACUUUUUGAAUGUAGGAGUCUCAAUACCACAAGCACUCCCAGUCCCAAGCUUCCUAUGGAUGAUGAGCCGCUGACUUCCUUUAACCUUACAUCAAGGAAUCUGAUGGAUUUAUUCAAUGCUGCUGAAUCAGAUGAAGAUGAUUGAUUGAUUUUGAUGUGCUUAUUUUGUUAGAAUACAAAGGAUUCUUUAAAAUUAUUGAACCAUGCAAAUAGAUGCUAGAAUAAGGUAAUUACUGACUAUGCUAGUUAGUGGAUAUUUGUACCUGAUGUUGUCCAUCAUAUUACCUAGUGCAGUUGUAUUGUCACAAUUUUUCUGGUGGAUAACAAUGAGCAAAUUUUAUUUUACUAAGGACAAUUCAGAAGAUAAACUCAGGAGAGGUCAGGAAAGCAAACCUAUUUUCAUUUAAUGAAUUGUCGUUGUUUAUAAGGAUUAAAUUUCAGUUUAAUGUUAAGAACUUAUUUUCAACUUUUGCCGAUAAUGAAUAAUUAUUAUGUUUUUCCUCUUUGUACCACUGUUUGUAAGGGGCCAUUGGUCACCGCUUUGUCCGUCCAUCCAUCUAUCCUAUGUUUUGUGCCUGGUCCUUAACCGAUGAAUGUGUGUGUCCAAGGUUGAGGUUAUGGACAGGUUUCAAAGGUCAGUCACUCCUUCCAUUGAGGAGCAACAGUCCAUUUUAAUGACCUGUCUAAACUCGGACACUGGGUAGAAUGUCUGUAGUGAUCCUAAUGCAUCAGAGAAUUAAAUAAUAAGUCAGAGCUGUUGUUUUGGAAUUUUAUUUAGUUCGAGUGAACUGGGAACUUUGCCCACAAAUGUUAUGGGUUAACAGAUGUAGAAAUUAGUGCACUGAUGAGUCUUAGAGAAAAAAUAUAUGGUUCAUUUUCUUUGAUGAGUAACUACAGUUCACUUCAUUAAGGGGCAUUUCUUGACCAUUUUUUUUUAUAGGAAUAAAUAUAUUUAACCAGCUACUUGCUUGUAAUAUAUUUGUCAGCUGCAUUGAAUUUCAAACUAUGGAUAAGAUUAUUUUAACCUGUGUUCCUUUGCAAUAGUGCAUUAUAUUAUUUGUCUGUCCAUGUAAGCUGAUAUCUAUUAUAGACCUAUACUUGUUACAAAAAUAGGUAGCGUAUAACUAUAUUUGGUGUCAAAAUUUUAAUAUGUCUACUGUUAUAUAGAUACUAUUUAAUUUUUAGGCAUAAAACCACCAAGUCAGAGUGCUAGAAAUAUGAUAUUAGAUCUAAAUAGUAAGAGACAGCAGAGAAGAAAUUAAUUUCCGUAAUAUUUCUGAUGGUCUUAAAAUAUCUAUUGUUAUGAAAUACAUUAUAUUGUAAUACAAUUAUCAACUUUAAGGGAUGAUUUCAGGGUUUCAAUGUUGACAUGAUACUGGUUUUUGAAAAGUGUGUUUGUGUCUACAGAAAAUUCUUGAUCUUGGGGAAAUACUUUCAUUUAUCUGCCUAACACUCUUGACAUUGAGAUUGUUUAUGUUUAUGUUCAGGUCUUCUGUGUUGACAUGGUAAAGUACUGGGUACUUGAUUUAGGCACACUGAAUGUCUUCUUUAUGCACAUCCACAGGUUCCACAAACAGUCUUAAUCCUAAAUUUCAACACCAAUGUGAAUAAAAGAUGCAUUUUGCAUUGACAAGUAAAUACUUGUAACAAAUUUCUUUGUAAUAUUUUGAUGCAUUUAAUAUGAUAUUAAGAUAUUUAUGAAUAGAGUCCAGAUGUUCACACAAAAUCUCACAUUUAUAUUUUUGUGAUUUAAAGCCAAAAAAAUUGUUUUCUGUUUAAUGUGGCAAUUUUGGCCAUUUUACUCAUUAUUUUUAAUACAGUGUCUUUCUGUUUUAACGUCUCUGACAGGAGACGGAGAUUUCAUUUUGAGAAUUUAAAUUUUUUUUUGCAAGGAAUAAGUGCACCUACAGUAUUGUUUUGUAUUAAUUUCUCUGAAUGGAAGCAAAGUUUGAGGUGUGAAAAUAUGUAAAAGAAAAUGUCAUGUGCAGCCACUGCUUGCACAAUAUAGUACAGCAUUUAUCUCAGUUUCUCUUUGACAGGAGGCAAAGGUUUUGUUUUGUGAAUAAACAAAACAUCUAGUUGUGUGAAAGCAGUAAUUGAACUUCCAGCAUUUUCUUUUUGCCAGGAGAUGAAAUUUCAGGUAAUGUGACUAUUAAGUGCACCUAUUCUUCUGUAUAUGUUUUUUUAUAAAAGAAGGCAAACAUUAAAGAAUGAAAUUUUUUAUGCUGUAAUUAAAAGAAGUCACAUGCAGCCAAUAUUUACAUUAUCUACUGAUUUGUUCACACCAUGUCUUAGAGAGGAGACAAAGUUUCAAUCGAGAAAAUUACUAAAAACCAACAAUUUAUGCCACCAGUCAUAAUAUUACCUGAUGUUUGAUAGUGCCCUUUUUAGGUAAUAGUUUGCCUAUUGUGAAACAUUAUUUAUUUGUCUCUUUGCCUGCCUUUUUUAAUGUUUAGAUCCCAAACAUCUGGGCUCAAGUUUUAAAAAAAUAAUGUGAUUAAUAUUUAAUACUGUAUCUUGGAAUUUCCAGGGAUGUAUUUAUAUAUGUAACAUUGCACAAACAUCAUAGUGUUGGCUUGGGAUUUGAGAGUGAAGUGUAGUGCAUCAGUAUGGAUGAAAAUAUGUUGCAGCAGUUUUGUUGAGCAUAGUAGUGUCUGAUGGUCUUAGGGGUAAAAUCCUCUGUUAACGUUACAUGUUAAAUAGAAGCAAGAAGCUGUUAAAGUAACUUGGAAAAAUGCUGACAUCAUUUAGCCUAAUUAAUCAGUUGGCAAGAAGAUGAGAAUGAAACUGCAUGGAUAAUUUUAAUGCCAUCUAUACUGGUUUAUGUAAAUAACACUUCAUCGCCUUGCUCAUUCUUUACACAUGUGAUUUUUACCCCCAAAAGCAGUAAGCUAUUAUUUUGCAAAUUAUUGGAAGGUAAAAGUAAUAUUUUGUUAAAUAAUGCAAAGAUGGGAUAUGUGAAGUAUAUUAUAAAUUAUUUCAGGAUUGUAUGAAGAUACAGGAAAUGCUUAGGUCUAGAUUCUCAGAUUUACAAAUGCUGAACAGUGUUUCCCUAGUAACUGAGUAUUGGAGAACUAAUGGAGUUAUGGUAAAGUCAUGGUGCUUUUUCAUUGCCAUUUUGUUAUAUUUUGUGUUGUCGCUUUAAUGAGUCCAUUAGAUAAGUUCUAGGGUUUGUUAGGAGUAAAGAUCAACAUGAGAACCUUCAAGAAUCCAGGUCCUGUAUGAUAUUGGCAAUAUUUGCACUUGUGUGUAUAAAUGUACACAAAGUACUCUAAUCUAACAUAAUACUGUGUAUUGUUUUGAACUUUAUAUAUAUAUACAGUGGUCCCUCGGUUAAUGAGCGCCUCGGUUAACGAGUUACCUUCCAUAAGAUUCUUAACUUCGGUUAACGAGCAAUCCCUUGA